AGAGCGCCAACUUGGAACAACUUUCGUCCAUGUGACGAAAAGUUUGCCAUUUGGGCCAAAAACUGCUCAUCUCGCAGGUCUAACAUUCAAAGUUCCUUUUCUCUUUCUCACUUGCCUACAACAUGAAACGAAAGACGCGCUCUGUGAGCUCUUCAGGUGCUUCUGCAGAACGGAAGACCAAGAAAACCAAGACAAAAAGCGGUGAAGAAUUACAAGAAGCAAGCACCACAACCAAGCUCGACUUCUCUUCUCCAGAAAACCUCUUCGCUUCUCUCAUUGCCCCGACUUCGAAUAAAGACUUCUUCGAGAAUUAUUGGGAGAAAAAGCCCCUGGUCAUCAACAGAGAAGACUCUGAAUUCUAUGGAGCUCUGUUUUCCAAAGCUUUCCUGGAGGUUCUGUUGAAGAAAAAGGAAAUUAACUACGUGGAAGACAUAAAUGUGUGUAGAUAUAUCGAUGGGGAGAAGGAAUUUCUGAACGAAGACGAAGGAACUAAAGCCACUGCGUCAAAGAUUAUGAAAAAAGUGAAGGACGACAACGCAACGAUUCAGUUCCACCAACCACAAAGGUUCCAGGACACCCUGUGGCAACUGAAUGGUAAUCUUGAAAGGUUCUUUGGGUGCCUUGUUGGUGCUAAUGUCUACAUAACUCCACCCAACGCACAGGGACUUGCACCACACCAUGAUGAUGUGGAGGUAUUCAUACUUCAACUGGAAGGGGAGAAGAACUGGAAAUUGUACAGCCCUCUUGUUGAGCUGGCUUUGGACUACAGUGCUGACUUAGAGGAGGAUUCCAUUGGGAAACCAACUCAUGAAUUUACCCUUAAGACUGGUGACCUGCUGUAUUUCCCAAGAGGCACAAUCCAUCAGGCUGAGACUUUGAAGUGUGGCAACCACUCAACCCACAUCACCCUGAGCACCUACCAACAGAAUGCAUGGGGCCACUUCAUCUCAACUGCCUUGACGGAUGCCAUUGAGAAAGCCAUGGAGUCAGAUGUCAAGUUCCGCCGUGGCCUGCCAAUCAACUUUGUCAGCCAACUGGGGCUUGGGAUGGAUAUACAGGGGGAUGACGAGAAGGCAAUUGCAAGCAAGAAAGAGAAUGAAAGCUUCAAGAAACAGCUAAAGGAGCUUCUCAUUGCCUUAGUUGAUCAUGUGGACGCCAACGAGACCUCUGAUAAAAUGGCGAGUGAUUUCAUGGCGAGUAGGCUACCGCCUUUUGAAACAGAAAAAGACGAAAAAGCCAAAUCCGAGAAACCGACAGCGGAUAGCGAGGUGAAAUUCCUCUAUCCCGAGUACGUCCGAGUAACUUCUGGAGAGGCCGCUCCUUCUGGACCAAUCAUCGCUCUUGCCGACAGCAACUCGGAAGACUCCGAGGAGGGAGAGGAGUCCGAUGAUGAGGGAUCUGACGAUGAAGAUAUGGAGGUGAGCGAGGGGGAGAAAAAAUCUAAGAAGAAGAGCGCUAAUGCCGAGAAUGGCGGCGAUAAGGCCUCCAAGGCCAAGAAAGAGAAAAAAGGCGAUGACGACAAGGAAGCAAAGUCCAAGAAAGAGAAGAAGACGAAGAAUGGCGGCAAGGUAGACGGCAAGAAAACCAAGAAAGGAAAGAAGAAAGAGGAGAGCGAAGAGGAAGAGGAGAAGAGUGAAGAAGAGAAAAAGAGCAAAAAGAAGACCAAGACCAAGAAAGGCAAGAAGGAGAAGCAGGAGAGCGAGUCCGAGGAGGAGAGUGAUGCCGAGUACGAGCUGGGGACUGAGGAUAGUAGUGAAGACAGCGGGGAGGAGUCUGGGCCCGACUCUGAGGACGAGGAGAGUGGCAAGGCCUGGGUACUAGUCCAUCAUUCCCUCAAUAACGACCGUUCACAUCAUAUGAUGGGCAUGCCUGAGCCUUCAGUGCUGAAGUUCGCCGUGACGUACCAAGACGCACUUCUGCUUCUUUACCGCAAGAGACACGAGUUUAUUCCCGUGAAGAGCCUUCCCCUUGACUCUGAAGAAGCGCUGUACUUGGUCAAUUCACUUUGGGCAGAGGGCCUACUCCAGGUCAAGUGAUUCAGACCCACAGCUAAGAGCUUUACCAUUUAUCCUGAUAGCUAGACUAGGUGUAGUGCCAAAGGCUUUUCUCAGCUAAUAGCUUUACCAUUUAUCCUGAUAGCUAGACUAGGUGUAGUGCCACUGGCUUUUCUCAGCUAAGAGCUUUACCAUUUAUCCUGAUAGCUAGACUAGGUGUAGUUCCAAAGGCUUUUCUCAGCUAAGAGCUUUACCAUUUAUCCUGAUAGCUAGACUAGGUGUAGUUCCAAAGGCUUUUCUCAGCUAAGAGCUUUACCAUUUAUCCUGAUAGCUAGACUAGGUGUAGUGCCACUGACUUUUCUCUUGUUGUCUACAUUCUACGGUACCUCAGCUGUUUGUCAAAGCCGUAUGUUAUUUCACGUUUGGUCUUGGUCAGGUUUCUACAGGAACUGUUCCACACUGUGGUAUAUUUUACAAUGCUUGUGGGUAUAUCCAGCAUUUAAACCAGGUUACACGGAGUGAAUAAUAAGGUAUGUUUCUUACGAGGUACUCCUUCCAGCCAGACACUCUAUAUUAUAAGGGUGUUCUCUUGAUCUUGAGGAGCUAAAAAAAGUGGAGUCAUACAAGGACCGUUGCUAAGGAUUAAUGAAUGUGGUCAUAGAUUAGGACAUGAUGUGUAUUGUUGAGUGGAAAAAUGACAGUUUUAAUGUUAAUUAUUAUGUCAGGAUAUGAAAAUGCUGUCAAAGCUAAAGAAAAAUAAUACAAUACGUUGUGCUUGAACUUAUAUCAUAAAUGAUAUUUUUCACGA